AUGGUCUUAUCCACCAUUACCGGUACUCUUUUGUUCUUCUUUGCUAUCUUUCAAUUGGGCGUUCAAGGUAUAUGUUGCAGGGAUACUGAGGUCAAGAUCAUGUACUUCUAUAGUGUUAUCGAUGUCAUUUUUGACCUUGCUAUUGGCAUUUUACCUGCAAUCUUUAUUCGCAAAACUAAGCUGGACCGCCGCACCAAGUUCGGUAUUGCUAGUCUUCUUGGACUUGGCUGCCUUGCAUGUGCAGCCGUCAUCGCUCGAAUACCCUUUUUACAUCUAAUGACGGAGGAAAGUUUUCUGUACGAAACAACCAUGGUGGCGGUCUGUUUCGACGUGGAAACUGGCCUAGGCAUCAUGGCAGGAUGUUUUAUGGUCAUGCGACGAGCCUUCUUCUUCACUAGACCCAAUGACAAAGAAAAUGCAAAAGGCUAUGUGAGCCCUCACUUCGUCUCUCAAGCGACUAUCAGUACGCUGUGA